AUGUCCUUUGCUAGAAACUUGCUUGCCGUUGCUGCCCCCUACUGCUCAUCUCCAGUGUCUCGUCGCUUGAUUUCAACUACAGUUGCCCCUCAAGCUUACUAUACCUCCUCAUUGCUGUCUGACAAGCACAAACUCAUUGAUCCCAAGGCUAAGCUCUAUGACUUUAGAAGCGAUACGGUUACUGCUCCCACGGAUGAGAUGUUUGAUCUCAUGAAGAAUGCCUCCCGUAAUGAUGAUGUAUUCCAGGAAGACAAGUCUGUCAAUGAUCUCCAGGACUACAUGGCUGAAAUCACUGGUCAUGAGGCUGCUCUCUUCUGUGCCAGUGGUACAAUGACAAACCAGUUGGCUCUUCGUACUCAUUUGGUGACCCCUCCUCACUCUGUCGUUUGUGAUCAUCGUGCCCAUGUCUUUUUGUGGGAAGCUGGUGGUAUCGCUGUUCACUCUCGUGCCUCUGUCUCUCCUGUGAUCGGUGCCAAUGGUAUUCACAUCACUGCUGAAGAGAUUGAAAACAACCUUUUGGGCGAGGAUAUCUACUCUGCUCCUACUCGUGUGGUGUCUCUUGAAAAUACCCUCAAUGGUAUGAUUUUCCCUUACGAAGAGAUGGCUAAAAUCUCCACUUUGGCUCGCAACCGUGGUCUUGCUAUGCAUUUAGAUGGUGCCCGUCUCUGGAAUGCUUCUCAAGAAACUGGUAUCUCUCUCAAAGAAUACGGUAAAUUGUUCGACUCCAUGUCUCUCUGUUUGUCCAAGGGUGUAGGUGCUCCUAUUGGCUCUAUGGUCGUUGGUUCUGCCAAGUUCAUUGACCGAGUUCGCUUCAAUCGUAAGCUCUUUGGUGGUGGAUGGAGACAAGCUGGUUUUAUGGCUGUUGCCGCUCAAUACGGUAUUGAUCACAUUGUUCCUACCAUGAAGGAGACGCACAAGCUCGCUAAAUACUUGGCAAACGAGUUGGUUGCAAUGGGUAUCGAUCUUCAAAUUCCUACCCACACCAGCAUGGUCUUUAUUGACACCAAGCGCGUUGGUAUUCAAGUUGAACGUGAUCUUAUUCCUGCUUUGGCUGAACGCAACAUCAAGAUGGGUGGUAUGGGUACCAAGGCUCGUCUGGUGUUGCACCAUCAAAUCGACCGUCAAGGUGUCGAUACUCUGUUAGAAGUUGUGCGUGAGGCUAUUGCCGCUCGUCAACAACAUGAUGAAAAUGAGGAUUCUUUCCGGCUUACUUCAAGCAGUUCCGCUUAA